UCCUCGGAUUCUAUCCCUUUGUGGAGAUCACCUUUGAGGUCAAGGAUCCAAUGGAGCAUUAUCACAUCCCUUUGCUGCUCAGUCCUUUCUCCUACUCCACUUACCGAGGAAGCUAGACCGUUGUCGUCUGUCGCAAUGCAAUUGGUCACGUGGUGACUCCUUUUCCCCUCCAGGUUACCGUCGUCUCAAGCAACCAAAGCAAACCUUUGCCAAGGGAGUCAAGGCCGUUAUGAGACAGGUAUUGCUGAGCUAUGCAGCGCUCGUCCUUCUCCGAUCGAGUCUUGCGGCCAGCGUCCAGCAAGACGUCAACCUUGCGCUCGGCCAGAUCGGACACGGCAAAACUCGUGACUGGCUCAAGAAGAACCCGAGCUUCUUCUCGGGCAUCUUCAAUACCUCGCUCGGUGCGAUCACAUUUGCAUCUCCGAGCGAUAAGGCUUGGGCUUCGAUCGACCCUACCAAGCUGAACGCAACCUUCUUUGGCGACACACUCUUGCCGCUCCAUGUCAUCCGCACCAACGUCACUGCGAUCCAGCAGGACGGCGCGGCGAUCUACCGCACCAGUCUGCUUCCUCCCGCCACAUUCAGUCUCAACCUCGGCACCGGCAUCCCCAGCCCGAUCAUCAUCAACAAGACGGGCGAUACUACCUUUGCGGCUCCUCAGCCCGUCUCGGGUGCCCAGGUGAACGUCUGGCCGACAGAUCACACGACAAAGGAUAGUAUCUCUAUCUAUAGCGUCGAUCAAUGGUUCGAUGUGCCGCAGGACAUUGUCACGACGAUCAAUCAGCCCACGGUGAAGGGCAGCUCGUUCGCCACCCUGCUCGCGACGGCCUCUCCUUCUGGCAGUCUCGUCGCUGACAUCCAGGACGCGGAAGCGCUCACCGUGUUUGCGCCAUCAGAUGCAUCGCUCGCGUCUAUUCAGAAGGAGCUAGCCUCCCAGCCUGACGGGGCUUUGCAGGCCAUCAUCCGCAACCACAUUAUCAACGGCACAACGCUUUACUCGACGCAGCUAGUCGAUCAGAUGAAAGCCGUAUCUGCUGCAGGCACAGCAAUGCUCUUCAUAUCCAAUUCGAGUGGCACAUUCGUCGCAGCCGGCGGCGCGCCUGCUGUCAAGAUCAUCAAGACUGACUUUUUUGCGGCCAACGGUGUCGUGCAUGUUCUCGACGGUCUCUUGAAGGCGACGAGUACAACUGACGAAACGACGGCAGCCGCUGCACAUGAGGCAUACCUCGCGUUCACGAAUUCUGGCCAGCUGAGCGCGGCCGGAGCGAUCGAUGUGCAUACGCCGACCGGUCUUUCCUCGUUCAAGGCGCCCGCGAGCACGCCAACGAGCAAGCCGCCGACACCGACCGCGGGAGCUGCUCAGCUCCGUCCUCUGUUUUUCCUUGCUCUUCCUGCCAUGGCGAUGUUGUAGAGUCAGGCUAGCGUGUCUUGUCUCCUUUGCUCUGACGCGUAGGCGUAAUCUACGCGUGAAGCGUGAUAGCUUGAAGCUAGAAAACCUGCGCUGCCGUCUUCGAGUCGUCUGGCCGGAAUGAUCAAAAUAUGGUCCAUGAAGAAGGAGGGCGAGGCGGCCGGAAAGAAGAAGCCACGGGUAUCUGCGGCCCAACUGCGAGCUCAAAAAGACAUCACCGAGCUAGACCUGUCCUCGA